AUGGGAAGAGUUAAGAAAUAUUUCAAAUCAGAAUUUCAAUUGAGCAAUUUUAAUUUAAACCACGAUGCUGCAUCGGACUUUUAUUUGUCUUGUUACCAGAGUAGCCGUUCAAGUGUGCCAUUGUUGUGUGUUAGGACCUUGGUGUUCCUGGGAUCAGCUGGAAUUUUAAUGCCGUCAUUAAUAUUAACAAGCCAAAGUAUGACUUUCGGGUACUGGACAAUAUAUUUAACUCAUUGGGGAAUUAUUCUAAUUACAAUCACGUCAGGAGCGGCCCUCGCAGUUUCUUUGGUAUCAUUAAAAACUGGAUGUAUAGAAGCAUCAUUUGUACUGCCGUGGUACGUGAAAGCGUACUGGGUGUGCUUCAAUAUCACAGUUCCUAUUGCGUUUUUUAUCACGAUAUUCUACUGGAGCUUACUGACCAAAACAGAAGAUGAAUAUGCUAUGGAUCCGGUUCUAGACGUGUUCAUCCAUGCUGUUAAUGCGGUCCUAAUGUUAGUUCUACUGAUGUUCUCUCGUCAUCCUGUACGAUGUCUACAUUUCUACCACCCGCUAUUGCUCGGAGUCGUAUAUCUCAUCUUCAGCAUUGUUUAUUACUACGCUGGCGGAACUAAUCCCUUUGGUGAGCCGUAUGUGUACCCGAUGCUGGACUGGUCGAAUCCUGGGGUGGCUGCCAUUACAACUGUGGGCUCGGCAAUAUUUAUCAUCAUAGUACACAUCAUAAUUGUUCUCUUGUCAGUUGCAAGGGACAGCCUUACAAGACGUUUCACGAAGUACCCACACUCAUUGGACAUAUCUAAUGACCUAUACCAUUAAUAUUUUCCGUUCGAAAUCUCAUUACUAUAAUUAUUAGAGUGUGCUGUUAGAUAUUUUAUCGGCCAAAAUGUGGUCUUAAAAUAUACAUAU